GUGACGUUGGAAGGCAGGGGAUAAAUAGUGCCAGAGUCCUGUAAACCAGGCAUAGAUCCAUCCGAGUCCCGGACCAGAGUCGGAGCCUUUUAAAAGACAGCAGUUUGUAGUGCAGAAAAUCUAAAAAUGAUUAACGGAGAGAUGAACGGUUUCCACAACGCUCUUAUUGACGAAGACUGUUUCUUAUUCACCUCAGAAUCUGUCGGGGAAGGACACCCAGACAAGAUAUGCGACCAAAUAAGUGAUGCUGUACUUGAUGCCCAUCUUAAGCAAGACCCAGAUGCUAAAGUGGCUUGUGAAACGGUAGCCAAGACUGGAAUGAUCCUGUUGGCAGGAGAAGUGACCUCUCGAGCCGUAGUGGACUACCAGAAGAUUGUCCGUGACACUAUCAAGCACAUUGGCUAUGAUGACUCCACAAAAGGCUUUGAUUACAAGACCUGCAAUGUGUUAGUGGCUUUAGAGCAGCAGUCUCCAGACAUUGCCCAAGGCGUGCACCUGGACCGCAAUGAGGAGGACAUCGGUGCAGGGGACCAAGGUUUGAUGUUUGGCUAUGCGACCGAUGAAACUGAAGAGUGCAUGCCCCUCACCGUCAUCCUUGCCCACAAGCUCAACGCUAAGAUGGCCGAACUGCUUCGCAAUGGCGAUCUGCCAUGGCUUCGUCCAGACUCUAAAACCCAGGUGACAGUUCAGUACAGACAGGAUCGUGGGGCCAUGUUACCGGUGCGCGUCCACACCAUAGUGAUCUCCGUGCAGCAUGAUGAGGACGUUUGCCUGGACGAGAUGCGCGAUGCGCUUAAGGAGAAGGUGGUCAAGGCUGUGGUGCCCUGCGUCUACCUGGACGAUGACACCAUCUACCAUCUCCAGCCCAGUGGCCGUUUCGUCAUCGGAGGACCUCAGGGUGACGCAGGCCUCACGGGGCGUAAGAUUAUUGUGGACACGUACGGGGGCUGGGGUGCCCACGGCGGGGGUGCCUUCUCAGGGAAGGACUAUACCAAAGUGGACAGAUCCGCUGCCUAUGCGGCACGCUGGGUGGCCAAGUCUCUGGUGAAAGCCAAGCUCUGCAGACGUGUCCUCGUGCAGGUGUCGUAUGCCAUUGGGGUGGCUCAUCCACUGUCCAUCUCCAUUUUCCACUAUGGCACGUCGCAGAAGAGUGAGAAGGAACUGCUAGACAUUGUCAAGAAGAACUUUGACCUUCGCCCCGGAGUCAUUGUGAGGGAGCUGCAGCUGAAGAAGCCUGUUUAUCAGAGGACGGCCGUCUAUGGCCACUUUGGCCGCGACUCCUUCUCUUGGGAGAUUCCCAAAAAGCUGCAGUACUAAACCGGUGUCGAGCUUUCUCCCUCAUGCCGGCUGACACAGCCUAUAGAAAAGGCUGCAUGGCUUGAAGGGCGAAGUAGUUAAUCCUGGAGUAGAUAAUCCUGCUUCUCCCCAAAUUUCUCCAUGCAACUGAUUUGUACAAGGAUUAGUUUAACCUCUAAAAGCAAAUACUGUUUUCAAAUUGGCACAAAAGGCUUUCAGAUGAAGACUAUAAUUUGAUUCAUGAACAUGAUCUCUUUUGUAAAUGUUAUCCUUCAUGGGUUCAGAUUUAAGAUUUCUUGAAAUGCACAAAUGCACUAAACACAUAACCACUGACUGAACCAAAUAGGAAACUGAGAUUCCCUUCUUACACUUUAGAGGGUUCCAAGAUUAUCAAAUAUGCGUCAUAUACACUUAGGUAGGCUAUAUUCUGUUGGGCAGCUACUUAGGAAAACAUUUUACUUUGUGGUCUUCGGUGGUUCCAAAG